AUGGCCACCGUCCCACAGCGACCCGCGCCUGCCGUGCCCGCACCGUCGUCGGGCUCUGCCGCGCCAGACCCCCAUUCUCGCCCCGACGCUCACUCGACUGCCACAGCCUCGCACCCCCAGAAGACGCAGGGUGCGAGCCAGAUGCCAAUGGAAGACGUCGCCGCCGCCCUUCCAGCCGUCACAGCACCCGCCGCUUCCGUCGCGCAGCAACAACCUCCCCAGCCCGACCCGAAGCCAAAGGAGAAAGAGAAGCGCAAGAUUCGCUUCUCCGUCGGGACAGAGUACAAGGUCGAGGAGAUCAUUGGGGAGGGAGCGUAUGGGGUUGUUUGCUCGGCGACGCAUCUCAGGACGGGCGUGAGGGUCGCGAUCAAGAAGGUGUCGCCGUUCGACCAUUCGAUGUUUGCCCUUCGCACGCUUCGCGAAGUCAAGCUCUUGCGAUACUUUGCAGAGAACCAGGUGUCGGAAAACCUGAUCACCAUCGUCGACGUGAUCAAGCCGUCUUCGUACGACUCGUUCAAGGAGGUUUACCUGAUUCAGGAAUUGAUGGAGACGGACUUGUACCGCGUGAUCAAGACGCAACAACUGUCAGACGAUCAUGUGCGGUAUCUUGUCUAUCAGACCCUCCGCGCCUUGAAAGCCCUCCACUCCGCCAACGUCAUCCACCGGGACCUCAAGCCCUCCAACCUCCUCCUCAACGCCAACUGCGACCUCAAGAUCUGCGACUUUGGUCUAGCGCGGUCGGUCGACACGGCUGAACCGAGCGGCGGAGAGGCGGGGGGCUUCAUGACGGAGUACGUUGCGACGCGGUGGUACCGCGCGCCCGAGAUCAUGCUUUCGUUUAAGCAAUACUCAAAGGCUAUCGACAUCUGGUCCGUCGGCUGCAUCUGCGCAGAGAUGCUGAGCGGCCGGCCGCUCUUCCCAGGACGAGACUACCACCACCAGCUGACGCUCAUCCUGAGCGUGACCGGCACGCCGAUGAUGGACGAAUUCUGCCGCAUCACCUCGCGCCGCUCGCGAGACUAUCUCCGCGCCCUCCCCUUCCAGCGCAAACGUCCCUUCGCUGAGCUCUUCCCGAACGCCUCUCCCCUCGCACUCGACUUUCUCGCCGCAACACUCACUUUCGACCCGACCAAGCGCAUCACGGUCGAGCAGGCGCUCGAGCAUCCCUAUCUCGCUGCGUACCACGACCCGACUGAUGAGCCUACCGCGCCGCCUCUCGACCCGGGCUUCUUCGACUUUGACCUCGACAAGCCGAGCCGCGAAGAGAUCCGCAAGUUGCUGUACAACGAGGUCAUGACCUUCAAGCGCAUCAUCUGA